AUUCGAUUGACACAUGUCAAAGUUACGUUGCGGUGUGACGAAUUUUUUCGCACGCUUGUCACGCUAAAGUUUUAUCACAAUGAAGCUUUUAACGCAUAAUAUGUUGACUUCGAAAUGUCUGAAAGGCGUUACUGUAGGAUACCCUCUAGCAAUAGUGGCCAAGGAUAUCAAGGUCUCCGAAGUUGAUUUUAAUUCAGAAUUUAUUGCCAGGAUUAUUCCUAAACUAGAUUGGGCAACUCUAUGGAAGGCUGCUGAAAGUAUUGGUCAUGUUGGCGAGUUACCCCAGAACUUGGUUGAGGACUUUGAAGCAAACGAGGACUUUCUAAAAAAAGUUCAUCAUGUCCUUCUAGAAGUUGAGGUCAUUAAUGGAGAUUUACUAUGUCCAGAGUCAGGUAGGAAGUUUCCAAUAAAUGAUGGGAUCCCAAAUAUGUUACUCAAUGAAGAUGAAGUUUAAAAUAUUUAGAGUCUUUAAACAUCUCAAGAAUAUGUGUAACAUUGUACAACGAUAGAAUAUUGAAAUUUAUUCAGGAACCAAAGUCCUUUAUAUGCUGCUUCAAUUUUACCAUUAUUGUAGAUCAAAAUAUGAUAUUUUCAUCAGGGUUUUUCGUAUUUCAAAUUCUUGAUACUUAAUUAGGAAAAAAGUCUAAAUAAUAGUUACCCGUUUUUAGGAGUGGUUUAUAAAAAUUUUUCAUCAUCUGUUAUGUUGAAAGGUAUAUUCUUGCUACAAGCGGUAUAUGUAGUUCUAUAUUGUAGCUGCUUUACAUGUACUCCAUAUAAUUUAUCACUGUAACUACUAUAUGUAAUCUAAUGAACUGAUGUGUUUAAUAGAAUAGAUUUACAGACCAAUAAUGUUAUUUAUUUAUAAUUUUGUAUUACAAAUAUUAAUCGUCUCCUAACAGUUAAAAUGUUGAUGUUAGAUUUCAUAUGUUUGACUUGAGUAACAUGAAAAAAAAAUUUUUGCACUUCAGCAACAUCGAAGUAUUUACAAUGUUGUAUCUCGUUUAUGCCAUAUCAAUAAAAGAAUUCUAAGUUA